AUGGCGAGCAACGGCGGACUAAAACAGAGGAGUGGGAAUGGAGCACUGGAUGAGAAGGCCCUGCUGCAAAGGCAGGUUGAUGGUCUUGCGACGGAUCGAUCCUCGUCCAGAAGUGCGCAAACGACGAAGAACCUCGUGAUUUGUGUUGGUGGAAUCUACGCUUCCUUUUUGACAUGGGGCGUGCUACAAGAACGCAUCACAACGACUCAAUAUGGCAGCUCUAUAUCUCCGGAAAAGUUCAACUCUCCCGUCUUCAUCAACACAGUACAAUCGACGUUCGCAGCACUACUAGGGUACCUCUAUGUGCUGUUUACGCGCAAGCAGUCCAAUGAUCUGCCUGUCUUCCCCAGCCGCAGUAUCAUAUUCCCCAUGUUCCUGGUAGCCAUCACAUCUUCUCUGGCCUCUCCCUUUGGAUAUGCUUCCCUCAAGCAUGUCGACUACAUUACCUUCAUCCUUGCCAAGUCUUGCAAGCUUCUCCCUGUCAUGGCUUUGCAUGUUACUCUCUUCCGCCGCAAGUACCCUCUUUACAAGUACUGCGUUGUCGCGCUCGUCACAGCUGGCGUGGCAGUCUUUACUCUGCACCACCCCACAUCGUCCAAAAAGAAGGGAGCCGAUGGUAGCAGUGCAUGGGGAUUGCUUCUUCUUGGUAUCAACUUACUUUUCGACGGUCUCACCAACUCGACUCAGGACCACAUCUACAAGUCGUACAGACCGUAUACUGGACAGCAGAUGAUGUGUGCACUCAACUCUAUCAGCACAGUCUUGACUUCGGUGUAUCUGAUGGUUUCGCCAUACAUCGCCACUACACCGGUAGGAGCAUAUCUCGGCAUGAGUGCCGCUUCUGGAGGAGAAUUGGAGUACGCUAUCGACUUCGUCAAGAGAUACCCAAGUGUUGGUUGGGACAUCUUUGCAUUCGCAGCCUGUGGUGCAUUGGGUCAAAUGUUCAUCUUCUACACUCUUUCGACCUUUGGAUCGCUCCUCUUGGUCACCGUUACGGUAACCAGAAAGAUGCUUACCAUGAUUUUGUCAGUUGUCUGGUUCGGUCAUCGUCUCAGUCCAAUGCAAUGGGUUGGUGUUGGUUUGGUGUUCGGAGGUGUCUUUGUCGAAGCACAACUUUCGAAGCAGGAGAAGCUUGCCAAGGACCGAGCAAAGAAGGAGGAAGUGAAGAAGUCUUCCUGA